AUGUUACAGACGCCACACUCUCUGUCCUAUACCCCGAGUCCUCCUGCCAACGCUCCUCUUUGGAGUUCGCCAGGCCAGCAGUUCCAGAGACCCCCCCUCAGAGCGUUGCCCAAGGAGAAGGAGCUUGACUUCGAAGAGAUCAAUAUAACUCCCACCUCUAAUGCAGAGGAUAUCCGCGACCGAUGGCUAAGGCCCUUUUUCAUGUCUACGCUCGGGCGGAGUGAAACCCCAAAAGCCUACCACCCUUAUACUGUGCAGUUUAUUGCGCGGAUCCUGAGAACUUACCCGCGAUAUAUGCUGAGAGACAGACUAGUCCCUCCCAUUAUUCAUCAAGCCCAGGUCAGGGAGAACGCGACUCCUCGAGCACUGGCAAACUGCUACAGUCUAGUACGUAUGUGGGAACAGGCAGUCCCAGGGAGUGAGGAGAUAGUUAUAAAUACAUUUGAACGGGAGAUGGAAAGGCUCGCUAGUGAGACUUCCAGCCAACAUGACUACGAACUCCUGUCUGCCUUCCAAGCUUACCUGAUCUACUCGAUCUUGAUGUACUUUUCCCCCCAAGGUGGUUUCACGGACACGACUAUGGUAACCCUUAUGGAGAUGGCAUUUCGGACCGCUCGAAACGGCCUCUUCUGUGCCGCUGAGUUAGCACGGACUAGACCAACAUGGGAAUCCUGGAUUGUGGCGGCCGCGAAACGCCGUGCGGUCUUCACUCUAUACCUCUUCAGCAGCAUCUACAACGAAGAUCGGUUGCUGCCCAAUUUUGUCGCAGAGGAGCUGAGAGGCGUUUACGCACCGGGUAAUAAGGCAUUAUGGGAAGCCAAUGACCGAGAAACGUGGAAUAAGGAGUACGAUCGGUACCUAUUAGACUGGGAAGAUGGAAGCUUGGAGAUAUCCGAACUAUGGGCAUCCCCGGAGACAGAGGAGCCCGAGCGAAGGAGAAGAAUCGAGCGUUGGGUUCAAACAGUCGACGAAUUUGGGAUGAUGAUAUUUAGCGUUUGCGCCCAUAUCCAUGGUUGCUGA